AAAUACCGGGCGGUCGGGGCGCGUCCGUACUGCUGCGAGCCCAGCCUAACCGAGGCGACCUGAGGCGGACUGAACCAAACCAAGCCAAACCAUGGACCCCCAGGACUGCUCGUGUGCCGCCGGUGACUCCUGCUCCUGCGCCGGGUCCUGCAAGUGCAAGAACUGCCGCUGCCGGAGCUGCCGCAAGAGCUGCUGCUCCUGCUGCCCUGCAAGCUGCAGCAACUGUGCCAAGGGCUGCGUGUGCAAGGAGCCGGCUAGCAGCAAGUGCAGCUGCUGCCACUGAGCCGCUCACGUCUGCCUGUAAAUAGCCAGCAUGCUUCAGGGAUGGGGGGGGGGCACAAAAAAGCCUAUUUUUUCAUGUUUUGUAUCUUCUGUACCAGUGGUGAGACUGGAUGGAAAUAAAGGAAUUUGACUGGA